AUGAACAAUAGAAGAGGAUGUGGAGCAGCUGGUAAUAGGGGUUUGCAAGUGCAAGACCCACCAGUAGAGGUGGAGGUUGAGAAUGUCUUUGCGGAUAUGCUAGACAGGGUGGAAUAUGCAUCUGCUAUUGUUCCACCUUGGGUGAAUGCCGCAUACUGCCAGAUUGUCUCUACUAUCUACCAACUGCUCAAACUUGAGGAAUAUUUUCAGAACUCUACCGAUGAUGACCCUCAUCAACACUUGAAGAAUUUUGUGGGUGUGUGCACACAGCACAUGCAGAAUGUUGUUCCUAAUGAUGCAAUUCAGCUAAGGGUUUUCAAAUAUUCUUUAGCUGGUGAAGCAAGAGUUUGGUUUGAGAAGCUGCCCCACAACACUAUUCAUACAUGGGAAGAGCUGGUUGCUGUCUUUCUCAAGAAGUGGUUUUUGCCGAGCAAGAAAGCUGAAAUUCUUGAUAAGAUUUAUGAUUUCAAACAGCUUUUGGAGGAGCAACUAUAUGAAGCAUGGGAGAGAUUCAAGGAGUAUUUGCAAAAGUCUCCAAAUCAUGGUUUUCUAGACCAUAUAUUGAUGGUGAAGUUCUAUAGAGGGUUGGAUCCAUUGACACAAGCAGUAGAGAAUAAUGCAGCUGGUGGUACUGAAAGUGUAGCCUAUGGAGCUCCAAUGAUCCAUAAUAUUAUGAAACAAAAUCAAGAGACUCAGCAGACUACAGCUCAGCUUGCAACCAAUACUUCUUUGCUGACAAAGAUAUUUGAUGAUAGAGAAGUGAAGAAAGUGAAUGUUGUUGAAGAAGUUCCGGGAAUACCUAAGGGCAUGUACCAAGUUCAAGAGGGGUCAUAUCAAGAGGGGCCUUCUAUGCAGUUUGAAGAUGCUAACUAUGUGAAUAACUCUCAAUGGGGUUACCAAAGGCAGAACUACCAAGGAGGCUAUCAGAAUAAGACUCAGAAUGAAUGGAGACCUCAACAGGGACAAGGUAAUUACAGUAGCAACUACGGUGGCUCGAACCAGGGGAACUACAACAACAACAAUAAUUUUGGAAAUAGGAGUUCCAAUCCCUAUAUUCUACCAAAAGGUCAGCCGAAUCAGCAAGGAAAUUCUAAGUUGGAGAGCAUGCUUGAGAAGGUGCUAGCCAACCAAGACAAAGCUGAUAAGACUUUGAAGAGGCUGACUGAAACUGUGGGAUCUCACACAGCUUCCAUUCAGAAGCUCAAGUCGCAGAUGAGAGAUAUUUCCGGAGAACAACACCCUCCAUAG